GGCGGGACGAAAGAGGCUGCAGCCCGGGCGCUUGCUUAGCACCCAAAAUGGCGGCGGGGAUGUACCUGGAGCAUUACCUGGACAGUAUUGAGAACCUCCCCUUUGAGCUGCAGAGAAACUUCCAACUCAUGCGAGAUCUGGACCAACGGACAGAAGAUCUUAAGGCGGAAAUCGAUAAACUGGCCACCGAAUAUAUCAGCAAUGCGCGGACGCUGUCUUCGGAGGAGAAACUGGGGCUGCUCAAGCAAAUCCAAGAGGCCUACGGGAAGUGCAAGGAGUUUGGGGACGAUAAAGUGCAGCUGGCCAUGCAGACGUACGAGAUGGUGGAUAAGCACAUCCGCCGGCUGGACACAGACCUUGCCCGGUUUGAAGCCGACCUGAAGGAGAAGCAGAUUGAGUCGAGCGACUACGACAGCUCCUCGAGCAAAGGCAAAAAGAGUGAGGACAGGAGCGGGAAGAGGGGGCCGGCCACCGAGACAGCAGGAGGGAAGGUUUCCGAGCAAACCACUGUGAUAAAAAAAGAGAGCACAGAGUACGGGAUGCCUUCGGUGACCUUUGGCAACGUGCAUCCUUCCGACGUGCUAGACAUGCCCGUGGAUCCCAACGAGCCCACCUACUGCCUGUGCCACCAGGUGUCCUACGGGGAGAUGAUCGGCUGUGACAACCCAGAUUGUUCCAUCGAGUGGUUCCAUUUUGCUUGCGUGGGGUUGACGACCAAGCCGAGAGGGAAAUGGUUCUGCCCUCGUUGUUCCCAGGAGAGGAAGAAGAAGUAAACUUCCCCCAUCCCCUGAGGUCCGGAUACUAUUGUCAGAACGCCCACCCCGGCCCCUGGGCUUCAGCACUCUUCUCCCAGUUCCUGGGCCCUUGUAGUUGGGGGGGGGGCUAACCCUGGGCGAGCAGAGCUGCCCGUGAAUGGUUUGUAUCCUCAUGACAGUUCCUGCGUGUGCUGAAACAUUCACUGCUUCCUGGACCCUCUGGGAAGUAACUCUGUGGCAACGACCUUGGAGGGCGGAGAUUCCACAGGAUGUAGCAAGCUCUCUUCAUCUGGCGGUCUUUGUUCCAAAACCUGGUAUCGGCUUGAAGAAAUGUGGACUUUCUCGAGGGAAAGGAAAUGACAACCGGAUAACCCAGGAGACUAGCAAAAUCGUCCCUUUGAGCUCCUUUGUUUUCCUGAUUUGUGGCCCCGUCGGAGGAACAGCCAGGUUAGCCCUUACCUGGUUGUUCACAAGCUGGCAUCCCUUCCCUUCCCGUCCCUAGAUUCUUCUUUAGAAGGAAAAGAAACCAUUUAGGGCCUGCUGGGCAUUACAUCUUGUCUUCUUGGGGAGUGGGGACCCCCUCUGCCAGGUGAGCCUCCUCCCUCUUCCACCAUCCCCAACAAAUGAAGCAUUCGUGACCUGGCAGUCCAGUCUUCUGUCACGGAGGCCAGCUGGGAUCUGCUCCCCUCCUGGUGCUGUUUGUUUGGGGGGGAGUCGAAACCCAGUGUUGUACGAUACAGCAUUAAAUAAA